AUGUCUAGACAAGCUAGACUUGAUGAUUUAACUCGCGAAGAGGAAGAAAAGGACUUUUAUAACCCAUCAAGACCAUCGUUCUGUCGUGCGUGCGUUGAUUUGUCUACGUUUAAAAAAUUGAAGCCUGAGUCGCGCCAAGCCUCACCGUAUUUUUUGGAUCCUAAAGGUUGCCCUGUUGAUAAGACUGGUCUUGGCCGUGCAACAUGGACACUUUUGCACACAAUGGCUGCCUACUAUCCCAACAAGCCGACGACUGAAGAAAUGCAGUCGAUGGAGCGUUUUUUCGACGACUUCGCCAAGUUCUUCCCGUGCAAGUAUUGCGCCGCUGACUUCAAGAAAAGCAAUGUUUUCGUAAAUUGUGCUAUUUUGUGCGCAGAUAUCGACAAGCACAAGCCUGAUGUAAGAAGCCGACAGGCCCUUAGCGGGUGGCUGUGCAUGCAGCACAACCUUGUCAACGCAAAGACAGGCAAACCUCUCUUCGACUGCUCCAAGAUGCCAGAACAUGGUCGAGCGUAUUUAGCAGAUCUGACAAACAUGCCCGAGGCGCCGACGCCUCCUUCGUCAACUCCAGCAACCACGCGCAGGAAGGAUAAAUUCCGUACCAUUAUCGAUUUUUGGAAUAGUAAGUUGAAAUUCCGCGCCGUUAUCGAGUUUUGGAAUCAUAAGUUGAAAUUCCGCACCGUUAUCGAUUAUUGGAAUCCACUGGAAAGGAAUCUGGAUGGGGGCGGCUCGGGGACGCUUGGGCCGAUGGAGCGACUCAUGCGAGCGAUGCGUGAGGCCUCGACCCUCUACGUGGUGACGCGGGGCAUGCGCGAGAUCCGGGCCAUCCUCAUUGGACGCCUCGUGGCCUUCGAUCGAUAUUGGAAUCUGGUGAGAUAG